UGAGAUUUUGUCCCGCUGAGGGUUGUAGAUGGUUGCGAUGGAGUUUGAACGAAAUUGAAAACACUUGGAGCUCAUCAAGACUUCAGUGAAUAGAUGGAAGGAUUGUACGGAGCAAUAGCUAUGAAGAGGUCCGCGAAAAAUAGGAAAUCAUUUAUACCACGGUUUUCCGCCGCUCAACUGCGCUUUCGAGACUGUAAUUGUUGAAUGCAGCUUGUAAGCGGGUUACUACUUGCACGCUUGGUACAGUCCUAAUUUAAAUUUCCGUUCGAUAUAUUUGUUUUAUAAACUCUAGAUUUUAAAAGUGAUAACUUUGUGGAGUCUUUUAAUAGCACGGUGCUGAUCCGUUAUUACCGAGUGUGACUCUAUUCCGGUGUCGCGCCGACCGUUUUGAAGUGGGGUUAUUUUCUAAUAACUUCUACGAUAACUUUAACUCAUUUUCUACGCGAUGGCUGUAGAUGCUUGUAAUAGUGGAACCUUACUGCUGCCAUUUCUCGACGAAUCUGGGUGGAAUCAAGAAUUAAGGGCGUUUGUAUACCUGAUAGCGCUGUUAUGGUGUUUCAUGGGAAUCGCCAUUGUCGCCGAUGUCUUCAUGUGCGCGAUUGAAACGAUUACAAGCAAAACGAAAGAGGUCAAGGUACCGAAACAAGAUAAUCCAAGCGAAAUGGACGUCGUGGAGAUUCGAGUAUGGAAUGACACCGUCGCUAACCUAACAUUGAUGGCUUUAGGGUCAUCAGCGCCGGAGAUUUUACUAGCUAUUAUAGAAAUAGUUAUUCUGAAUAAAUUCGAGGCAGGUAAACUUGGGCCGAGCACGAUUGUUGGUUCGGCAGCGUUCAAUCUUCUCGUGAUCACUGGAGUUUGUGUGAUGAGUAUUCCUACCCAUGAACAGCGUAGGAUCAAAGCUAUCAAAGUGUUUGCAGUGACAGCUAGCUUCUCAAUGUUAGCUUACAUCUGGUUGUAUUUAGCGCUUAGUGCAAUUACGCCCGACGUAAUCGACCUUUGGGAGGCAAUACUCACAUUUCUACUAUUCCCGAUUCUGGUUGUAGUGGCUUACAUUGCCGACAAGGAGUAUUGUUGCCCCGGGAAAGUCCAACCUCAGGAUCCAGGAGUCCUCGAAUUGGCUGAGGGUGCUAAAACACUGUCCACCCCUACACAUGAUCCAGAGGUUGAAAGUUUUAUCAAGGAAGUGAGCAGGAAUCCCGAUCUGUCAGAGGAUGAUGCAGCAAUGCUUGUUGCCGCACAUAUUAAAUCAAGGCAACCAAAGAACUACGGGUACUACCGAGUGGGUGCCAUUAGGGAUCUGGGAGGCAGUCAUAAACUGAGACCAAAGAUGGACCCCAAACUUAGAGUGAUUUACGAAGAAUUGUCGGAGGUUGGUUUUUCUUCAUCUGGAGCUACUGCCAUCAUGAGUCAUGCCUUAGCUGGUAAAGUACAACCUGCUCGUGUGGAGUUUGCUGCUCCGGAAUUUGCUGUCCUAGAGAGCGACAAAAUUGUAAAGAUUGGUGUGAAAAGAUCUGGAAACACGAAAAUUACAGCCAGUGUAAACUAUGAGACUAUAAACGGCACAGCCAUGGCUGGAUCUGACUACGAAGCCAAAAGAGACGUGCUUGUCUUCCAACCCGGUGAAAACUUGAAACAUAUCAACAUUACUAUCAUCGAUGACAAUGAAUGGGAAGAGAACGAAGUUUUCUUCUUGAAAUUGGCCAGAUUUGACUACAAGGACGACACUGUUGAAAUAGGAGAACAAAGCAUUACUGAAGUCACUAUUAUAAAUGAUGACGAACCCGGAACCUUUUCACUGGAGAAUCCAAGCUUUGUAAUUAAAGAGAGUAUUGGGAAAGCUUACAUCAAAGUCAACCGUACCCAGGGUACAGACGGGAGGGUGGAGGUCACUUGGAAAACCACGGAUCAAACGGCAGUAAACGGCAAAGAUUACCAUGGAGGGUCUGGCACGUUGGUCUUUGAACACGGCGAACAAGCAAAAUCAAUUGCAAUAGACAUUAUCGAUGAUAAAGAUUUUGAGAAAGACGAAACGUUUCUUGUAGAACUCAUCAAAACCUCAGCAGGAGCAAAGAUAGGUCAUAUUCGAAGCGCUGCGGUCAAUAUUGUGAAUGAUGACGAGUAUCGCAGAUUAUUUGACCGAGUUGUUGCACUCACUCAUAUAAAUCUCCGCCGUUUGGAGUUGGGGUCCGAGUCCUGGGCGUCGCAAUUCCGUGAGGCGAUGUCAGUAAAUGGCGGAGAUGUGGAAAAUGCCACUGCCAUCGAUUACGUCAUGCACUUCUUCACCUUUGCUUGGAAGGUUAUCUUCGCCAUAAUUCCCCCUUGUACUUGGCUUGGUGGUUGGGUGACAUUUUGUGUCGCUCUAAUGAUGAUCGGCCUAGUCACCACCAUAGUUGGAGACUUAGCCACCAUAUUUGGAUGUCUAAUUGGACUAAAAGAUGAAGCGACCGCCAUCUUGUUUGUGGCUCUCGGCACCAGUCUCCCAGACUUGUUUGCUAGCAAAACUGCGGCGGUGAAUGAGAAGUACGCGGAUGCGUCUGUAGGAAAUGUCACCGGUAGCAACUCUGUGAAUGUUUUCUUGGGACUGGGAUUGCCGUGGGUGAUUGCUGCGAGUUACCAUAUGGCUCAGGGCACAGUGUUCGAAGUGAAGGCAGGGACAUUAUCCACAAGUGUUAUCACAUACAGUUGUUGCGCGGUCUUGUGUUUUGUGCUCCUUUUGGUACGAAGAUAUUCAAAAUUUAUGGGCCGCGCUGAGCUUGGAGGGCCAAAUGUUACCAAAUACGUAUCUGGGGUCUUCUUAAUAUUUUUAUGGUUCGUUUACGUUUUAAUUUCUUGCCUCGUUAUUUAUGAGAUAAUCACAUUUUAAAGCAAUGUUUUAUUCAAUGUAAAUACGCAAGGAUCGUAACAAAGAGGCAGUUAUUUAAAUUAUUCCACGACACUUAGGAAAUGAUUAGAUUCGUUAUCUGUACAUGAGAUAAAUUGGAACGGACAAUAAAUCGUAUUUCUUCGGGGGGGGGGGGAGAGAGGGGCAGUGGUUGUCGUCACUCGUGACCACGUGAAUGGGGUUUUACGAUAGCCAACCACCUUCCUGGCCUUAAAAGUAUAAAGUUAUUUCUUAAAAAUGUAAAUCAUUUCCACUUACCACUUAAUGUUUUAUCAACGUGUGGUGAAUCCCUCGAUUUAAUCACCUUUUUCGUCUGUUUACUGAUUGUUUUCUAACAUACAGGAAAUUUACGAGCGUUUCAUUUCGUUUUCAUUGUGAAACAUAGACAUACCACGAACAGAAGGACUCAGUUGGAGAGUGAAUCAAAAAUCUAUUUAUUUUGUACAGUAACUUAAAAAUACAAAGCCUCUAUGCAACACAAAGUACACCGUUACAGAUGCGUAGCACUUUUAACACAAAAGCUUAUCUGAACAGACCUGGAUGCUUCUUUAUUCCCCUUCGUUUGUUUCAUUAUUUAUUGGAAGAUUUGUAAAUAGGUAGAAGCGAAAAUCUGUUUUUCAGUAGUGUUUUAUAUAUUACGGAACAGUGGAUAUUUCGCUUCUUAUCUUUAAAGCUAGUUUCGUGACGUUUAUAUUGAAAAAGUGAACCGCUAGUAAAGAGAUUUUGGCACGUUAGAUCUCGCAGGUACUUUGAAUGAAAAAGCUCGUAUGCUUGUCAGAAAAAAAUAAGUAAAUGCUAAAACUGACCGGGAUGCAUUUGAAAUUCGUAACUGCGAGAAACGGAAGAAGUUAUUGCACUGAAGUCAUAGCAUUUUAGAAAUAGUUUAUUUCGUCACGUGCCGGCAUAUUUGCGUUACUUUUGAACGGCGGUAAGAGGUCAUGAAAGGGGUUUCGUAUUGACCAAUUUCUGUGAGUACGUGAUGUUGCAUGUUACAAAAAAAUGUUUCGUGUUUCACGCGACAAAUAGUGACUGUUUGGCCGCAAAAUUUGAGAUUUAGAACCGUUAUAUAGAAAUAUUCUGAAGACGUUUUGACGAAAAUAAUUCAGUUUGCUUUUCCAGCAAUUCGUCUUUUGGGACUUUUUUAUGAUAGGUGGAGCUCUUGUUUCGUAGAUUGCUUCAGAAUUCAUGUUUCAGUGAGGAAAUUGGCUCAAUUUGCUUUCCUUUACUGGCUAGGAAAACUCAUUUUCAACGUUCCAUGGGCGCAAAGUAUUCCGACAUAAAUUUGUGCUUUUAAGAGAAAUUCAAAAAGCCCGAAAGUUGAACACAAUUCCUAUUUGAACUUGUGACAUUCCAUUACUAAAUCACCAUCAGAAGAAUCUUGGAGAAAAUAUAGAUUGCAUCACGUUAUCAUUAUAGAAGCAAUUUAGAUCUCUACUUCACAUUGAUUGUAGAUUGACGUACCUAAUAGUAAUAAAAAAAAGAUUUAUCACAAGAAUUGUUUACG